AUGAAACUAGAAAUGUGUGGUUCAACAACAAGCACAAAACCUGAUGUCUGCAUCGAAACAUCUCAUCUCAUGAUAAAACUAUUAAUUAAGGAAGACAAGAAUUACCAAGUUUUCAAUAUAAAUACCGUUGCUGAACCACAAAUCAUAGCUGAAGCAAUAGGUGCAUUUCAGGAAAAUAGCAAAUUUGGACAACCUUUAGAAUCGCAGUUGUUGCCUUGUAUAACCAUGCUCGGAACCUGUCCUGCGUUCUAUUUAAUUGGAGUAGCUAAGGAGCUAGCGGAAUGUGUAAGAAUUGGAGACCACCCUAAGGAAAAGGCUAUUGUUAAAAGAUAUGCUAUUUCGGCACCAAUAAUUCCAAUGGGAGAUGCGAUGCUGUUACAAAAUCAUAGGCAUCAUAUAUUUCAAUGUUAUGAAGCGUUUAGAAAGUUCGUAGUAAGAAACAUGUAG